AUGGAAACCGCAACCACCCUCACCGGUUUACUCCAAUCCGUCGCCAAAACAUUCCCCUCUCGACGUGGCAUCUCCCUCGCCGGAAAAUUCGACCUCACUCACUCUCAUCUUAACGAAUUAGUCGAAUCUGCCGCAGAUCAUCUCAUCUCUGCCGGAAUCAAACCAAACGACGUCGUCGCUCUUACUUUCCCCAACACCGUCGAGUAUGUUAUAUUGUUUUUAGCUGUUAUUCGAGUCCGAGCCACGGCGGCGCCUUUGAAUGCAGCUUAUACAGCUGAAGAAUUCGAGUUUUAUCUAUCUGACUCCGAAUCCAAGCUUCUAUUAACGCCUUUAGAAGGUAACAAGCCGGCGCAAGACGCGGCUUCAAAGCUCAGUAUUCCUCUCGGCUCGGCUUCUCUCACGAAAUCUGAAGAAGAAACCAAGCUUACAAUCUCCCUGAAACAUCCCGAGUCAGGUUUAAAAUCUGACUCAGUAAACUCGGUGGCCAAACUCAUUAACGAACCAUCCGACGUGGCACUUUUUCUUCACACAUCAGGUACCACGAGUCGUCCCAAGGGAGUUCCACUGACUCAACACAACCUGGUUUCGUCUGUCAAAAACAUCCAAUCGGUUUACCAACUCACUGAAUCAGAUUCAACCGUGAUCGUGCUUCCACUUUUUCACGUUCACGGGUUAAUCGCUGGAUUGCUGAGUUCACUGGGUUCCGGGGCUGCGGUGGUGUUACCGGCGGCGGGGAGAUUCUCGGCCUCAACCUUUUGGAAAGACAUGAUUCAAUACAAUGCGACGUGGUACACAGCGGUACCUACCAUACACCAGAUCAUACUAGAUCGCCACCUAAAUAACCCUGAACCGGCUUACCCGAAACUCCGGUUUAUUAGAAGCUGUAGUGCUUCGUUGGCACCGGUUAUUCUAGGUCGCUUAGAGGAAUCGUUUGGGGCACCAGUUUUGGAGGCUUAUGCUAUGACUGAGGCUUCUCAUUUAAUGAGUUCGAAUCCUUUGCCACAAAAUGGGCCCCACAAAGCUGGAUCGGUUGGGAAGCCCGUGGGUCAAGAAAUGGCUAUACUUGAUGAGUCGGGCCGGGUUUUGGAGGCUGGAGUGAAUGGUGAAGUUUGUAUUAGAGGAGAAAAUGUUACGAAAGGUUACAAGAAUAAUGAAGCAGCUAAUACGGCAGCGUUUUUGUUUGGUUGGUUUCAUACGGGUGACAUUGGUUACUUUGAUUCUGAUGGAUAUUUGCAUCUUGUGGGUCGGAUUAAAGAGCUUAUCAACAGAGGAGGAGAGAAAAUAUCACCAAUAGAAGUGGAUGCUGUUCUUCUAUCUCAUCCAGACGUAGCUCAGGCCGUUGCUUUUGGAAUACCAGAUCAGAAAUAUGGUGAAGAGAUACAUUGUGCAAUCAUACCAAGAGAAGGAUCAAACAUUGAUGCUGAAGAGGUGCUAACAUUUUGCAAGAAGAAUCUGGCAUCUUUCAAAGUCCCCAAAAAGGUUUUCAUUACUGAUUCUCUGCCCAAGACGGCUACUGGCAAGAUUUUGCGUCGUCUUGUAGCAGAACACUUUGUUUCUAAAGUUUGA